AUGGCUGGCGUAAGUGGCCACUCUACCAAGCAAACAUUGGAAUUCAUUGAGGAUGCGGUUGCAGCUGGCGCCAACUAUGCCUUGGUCUUGCCUCCAUCAUAUUUUGGCAAACAGACAACUGCCACCGUCAUCAACAACUUCUACGGCGAGAUUGCUGAGAAGAGUAGACUUCCAAUCGUCAUUUAUAACCUGCCGGCAGUCUGCAAUAACAUCGACCUGGAUUCGGCAACUAUCGCCAGACUCGCAAAGACUCAUGCCAAUAUUGUCGGAGUCAAACUUACAUGUUGUUCAGUAGCCAAGGUCACUCGACUGGCGGCUGAACUUACACCUGAUAUGUUUUCAAUCUAUGGAGGACAAUCUGACGCUCUGAUCGGCACCCUUGCGGCGGGUGCAGUUGGAACCAUUGCUGGCUUUGCCAAUGUGUUUCCCAGAACGAUUGCAACCGUAUAUAAGCUGUAUACGCAAGGAAGGCAUAACGAAGCAACGGAAUUGCACAAAAAGGUGGCUCUGGCUGAACAGCACUGCAAAUCUGGCCCUGCGUCUGUCAAGUAUGCUGUGGCUAUCACGCUACCAGAGUCGGCAGGCAUCAAGUAUCCAUUGGAUAGACUGAAACCGAGACGACCAUACGUUGAACCGGAGGAGGCAGCAAAACGAAUCAUAACGUCACAAGUUGCGCCCCUGGUGGACAUUGAAGCCGGCUUGAGGCAGGGAGCCCACGCCUGGUGCACUACCGAAGCUCACAGACACGCGGGCACUGAGCCAGGAGAGCACUGGGCCAUAUGUUACAAAAACGGAAACAAAGCAUAA